ACUGCCCCACGUGUAUUUUUAUACUCAUCCAAAUGGAAGUGGACGAGGAAAAACCGCAGAUAAUUGCGGAAAACCCCAAUGAAAGCGUGAUACGCGAACGCAAUGCAGAGAUCGUUUCCGGCGGCAAUGUAUUCUACAAUCCCGUCCAGGAAUUCAAUCGAGAUCUGAGCAUCGCAGUUCUGAAUGUUUAUCGCCAGAGAUUGACCAAGGAGCGGAGCGAAAAGGCGCUCAAAAAGCAGCGGAAAAAGGUCAAGGAGCAGGAGGAUGAGAAGCCUACACCCGUCGCCGAGGAUCCCCCUGUCUAUGAGGCCGGUACCCGCUAUGAGGAUGGACUUCGGAUCCUGGAGGCACUGGCAGCCACCGGCUUGCGUAGCAUACGUUACGCACAGGAAAUCGCCGGAGUCCGCCAGAUCGUGGCCAACGAUCUUUCCCGCCAGGCAGUGGCCUCCAUCAACACAAAUAUCCGCCACAACAAGGUGGAGGAGUUGAUCGAGCCCAGUUACUCGGAUGCCAUGACCCUCAUGUAUCUUUCGACUCACCCCGAGAAGCGCUUUGAUGCUGUGGACUUGGAUCCGUACGGGUGUCCUAAUCGCUUUUUGGAUGGUGCCAUGCAGUGCCUAGUGGACGGCGGCCUACUUCUGGUGACAGCCACCGACAUGGCCGUGCUGGCAGGAAAUGCUCCAGAAGCUUGCUAUGUGAAAUACGGAUCAGUUCCGCUGCGGAUGAAGUGCUGCCACGAGAUGGCAUUGCGCAUUCUGCUGCACUGCAUCGAGAGCCACGCGAACAGGUACGGCAAGUACAUUGAACCACUACUGAGCAUAUCAGCGGACUUCUACAUCCGGAUAUUUGUGCGAGUGUACGUCGGCCAGGCCCAAUGCAAGUUGUCGAUGAGCAAGCAGUCUUGGAUAUACCAAUGUACCGGAUGUGAGACAUUCACGCUGCAGCCCUUGGGUAUAACAAAGCCCAAUCCCACGGCGAGUAAUCCCCAGCAGCUGAAGUACGGAAUUCCCACUGGCCCGGCGGUAAACUCGCAGUGCGAGCAUUGCGGUCACAGGCAUCAUCUGGGUGGACCCAUCUGGUCGGCUCCGAUUCAUAACCCUGAGUUCGUCCAGAAUCUGUUGAAGGCCGUGCAGGAGUCAACCUUGCAAUCGCUGGGAACGCAGAGGAGAAUCGUAGGAGUUCUUUCCAUGGUUCAAGAAGAGCUGCAGGAUGUUCCUCUUUACUACACGCCGGACAAGCUGUGCUGUGUACUCAAGCUGGAAAUCGUGCCCAUGCUGAAGUUCCGGUCUGCCAUUCUCCACGCUGGCUAUCGAGUCUCAUACUCGCAUGCCUCGAAGAACUCAUUGAAAACCGAUGCACCACCAGCAGUGCUAUGGGACAUUCUGCGCAGCUGGAGCAAGCGACACCCGGUAAAUCCCGAAAGGAUGAUCCCUGGUACUUCACUGGCGGCCAUACUGUCGAAAGAAUGCACUGCUACGUACGAGUUCGAUGAACUGCAUCCGGAGGCGAACCCGAAGAGCCGCAAAUCGGCAUUAUCGCGAUUCCAAGAGAAUCCCACCCCACAUUGGGGACCGGGAACCAGAGCCACUAUCAUGAUUGGCGACAAUAAACUGCCCAAGAGCUACCGUAACCAGAACAAGAAACAGCGUCACAAAGCGUCGCAGCUCCAGCCGGAGGAUGCCGAUAAGGCUACUCCACAAACAGUGGACGAUGAGGAUGAUGUAGAUGUGGAGCACCUGCCCAAGCAGCCUAAGCUAGAGGCGACUGCGUGA